UUCACCUUUCCUCUCAUUGCAAGAAAAGAAUCUCUUUCGGAAGAAACUUUUUUUAAAUCUUGGGAAAAACUGAUCAGAGAGAAUGAAAAACAAUCAGGUUUGUGAAACAUAUCAACAACUCAACCAGCAGCAGUCCGAUGAGUUAAAAGGACUUGAAAAAAGGUGUUUAAAAUAUGAGCAGGAGAUUAAACAGUUGAGAGAAGCUUUAUAUCAGGCAGAAAUUCAGGCUGAAAUCAAGGAAAAUCAACACAAAAGUGAAACAAAAAGGCAUUUACACAGAAUAGCAGAAUUGCAACACAGACUUUCGACAUCAAGAACACUGAACGAUCAGAUAAUCGAUACAGAAGAACAAAGAUCAAAGUAUAUAUUCUCUUUGAAAGAGGAGAAUGAUGGAUUAAAAGUAGAAAACAGUGGCCUUAAAUUGAAGAUUGAAGCAUUGAUGGAUGAAGAUGUGAUUUCAAAAAAAGCACAAGAGAGUUUUGUGGAAAAGAUGUUGAACUUAGAGAAAGAAAACAGCAAACUUCUUGCUGAGAAAGCGAAACAUGAGCUCACGAUAGGAGAAAUGUAUGAGUUGAUGGAGUAUCUGAGAGAUUCAAACAGGGACUUGAAAGUGCAGCUUCAAUUAAAGCAAGAGUGGCCAGGACUUCCAGAAGAAGUUGCACAAAGUAUCAAAGACCAAUUUGAUGCUGUUGGAGAACAUACAGUUCUGCUCAUAACACCAAACUUAUCAGUAGAUAAGGUUGCAGUUGAAACCCAACAGCAACCUAAAAUCUUUACAGAAAAGUCCACUCAGACUGAACAUGUAACUACUGAUUUAAUGGAUAAAUCUACCCAGACUGAAUAUAUAACUACUGAACUAAUGGACAAGUCGACCCAGACAGAACAUUUAACUACUGAAUUAAUGGAGAAAUCGACCCAGACUGAACAUUUGGUUUCCAAAUUGAUGGAGAAAUCGACCCAGACUGAACAUUUGGUUUCCAAAUUGAUGGAGAAAUCGACCCGGACUGAAGCUACAACUUAUAAACCAAAGCAGCUUCAGACUUCAUCUAUAUCAUUACCUCAAACACAAACUUUAAAAUGCAAAUGUAGGCAGCCUGAAACUUCUACUUCUGCUAAUCGUAAGAGUUGGUGGAGUACGUGUGCAGACGGCCUUUUGUUUGCAGGUAAAUACACCCUGCUGGGAAUUUUUCAAGCAGCGGUUAUAACAACAUUUUAUGAUGUUGGAAAUGACUGCCAUUAUGAACCAAUAGAAGUUCCUUUCUAAGGAAUAGUUUGUAAAAUUGGCUUUUUGUCUAACCUAUUAUUUUAUAGCAAAUUAUUAUUGUAUAUAUACUAAUAUCUCAGUAUGUGGUAUGUCAGCGCUCUAGUGGGGAAGAAGCCGUAGCUGGUGUGUGAGGUUGAAAGGUUUUAACUAGUGGGACUCAUCUCGACGCACUGCUCUGGCUCUAGAAACACUCUUUGACAAGGAUUGAACACUCUUUGACAAGGAUUGAACACUCUUUGACAAGGAUUGAACACUCUUUUACACUGGAGGUGCCACUGAGAGGCACAGAGCAGGAGUGGGCAUACUUGUCUUGGUAAAUGUACUUUGGAGUUAAACGGUGGACAACGCGGCAGGGUCCUUCCUCCUACGUGAGGGAGGAUGAGUUUGGCUGUUUGAGCAAGAGCAGUGCAAUUUUUGUCCCAGCCAUGGAACACUGGACCAGCUUUACGCUCUCAGCAGGGUUCUAAAGGGUGCGUGGGAGUUUUCACCCAAACAGUCUAUGUUUGGGUGAGAAUCCGUUUGACAUUGUCCCUUUGGCAAUCCUCUGGGGGCUACUCUGGGAAUGUAGAGUACUAGGCCCUUUGAAAUGGGCUUUUAGUUCCCUAUAUAACCAGUGUCAAAGCUUGGUCUGCAUUACCAGCAGUAAGUCGGGCUCAUUUCCAGUGAGAGUUGGACUCUGCCAAGGUUGCCCUUUGUUACAGAUUCUGUUCUAGGUGCAGCCAAGGUAUUGAGGGAAUCUGAUUUGGUAGC